GAAUGAGCCGGACUAUUCCGGUUCUAGGUAAAUUUGUUUUGGCGAAAAGAAUGAAUAGAAAUCAAGUUAUACUGUAGCCUGUUUCAUAUAUUGAUGUAGGUUGAAAUGUUGUUUUGGUUACUCGGACUGGGGGGAAGCGUGUGAGAUAUUUUGAAAAUUCUAAAAAUAAGGAUUAUCCCUACUCAGUGACAAUGCUCUGCUGUUAUGAUCUGUACAGAAAUUGUGGUCCCCUAUCUUCCCCGAUCAGUUUGCGGAUUUUUACUUCGCUCCUGCCUGAGAGCAUGAUCGGAGCCCAUGACCCCCCUCCCCAUCACAUAACAUACUGUAGCCAUCCAUCCAACUUCUUAGUACAAAAACUUCUUCCACACUUUUUUUGCAUCAAAGUGGAAGAUAAUCUUUCCCGGAAAAAUUAACUUAUGAGGGAAUCAUGCGUCAAACGUCUGCUCCAUCUUCCGCUUCUGUUUUUCUGCAUCACAUUUUCUCAUGCCGCUCAACUCGUAUUACCGUACUGUGUUGGAAUACGUAAAAUAAACGUAUUAAAGGGGGCAUUCUGUGUUCUGCGAAUAGUGAUGGGAUCAGUCAUGCAAAAUGAUUACAAAAACCUCAAGAUGUUGUUGUUGUUGUUGUUGUAGUAGUAGUAAUAACAAUGACAAUAAAAAUAAUAUAAUAAUACGAAAAGUUAGGGAGUUGCUCCCUCAGUUUAAUGUCUCUGGCCACCUGUGUCAUUCGCCAGUUUUGGUUUUGCUGGAUCCGAUUUCAGAUGUCGAACCGAUUAUAUAUUUUCAGCUGUGCAUUCUAAGCUUGUGUUGGGCUUUGUAAUUGUUUGCCUAAGCAUCGAUCGUCUGGGGGGAGCGGUGGUGGGGUGGGCGACGAAUGGCUGGUGGAAACUGAGCCGAUUUUUCCUCGCGUUGAAGCCCGAAAACGGAUACAGGAGCCCGGAGUGCGGAGGGCCGCGGGUCACGCGCGUGCUGUGUCAUUGUUUUGGCAUGAGUCAGUCAGCACAGGCAUGUACCGCUCUCCUGGCUGGACACUGUUUGCUGUAACCUCCUCCCCCCUCCCCCCUGAGCUGAUAAAAGCUUUCUUGGAGGAGCUGUUUAACAUAGUCAACACGAAGUUAAAACAAAGGGGGCUGAACGAUUUGACUGAGGGUAACGCUGCAGAGGCAAAUCAUUAACUACUCACAAUGGUUGCAGCUCUGCUUUAUCUCCCCGCACUGGUGUUCCUUCCCAUGUCCUUCUGCUACCCAAAUUCCUUCAUGGACCUCGAAGAUAACAACCAGAACAGGACCUCGAUCCGUUUCCUGGCGGUGGGAGACUGGGGGGGGCUGCCCUAUCCACCUUUCAUCACCCCCAUCGAGAAGGCUACGGCUCGCGAGAUGGGGAGGGUUGCUGAGCAGAUGGGUGCUGAUUUUGUUCUGGCGCUUGGGGACAACUUCUAUUACAAGGGUGUGGAUGAUGUACACGACCCCAGGUUCCAGGACACUUUCGAGCACGUCUUCACGGAUCGCUCUCUGAACAUCCCCUGGUAUGUUGUCGCUGGCAACCAUGACCACGCCGGCAACGUAAAGGCUCAGAUCCAAUACAGCCGCAUUUCCGACCGAUGGCGCUUCCCGUACUACUACUACGAGCUGAACUUCCGUGUGCCGCGCUCCGACCGGACGCUCACCAUCCUGAUGGUGGACACCGUGCUCCUGUGUGGGAACUCGGACGACUUUGAGGACCAGAAACCCCGGGGCCCCGUGAGCGCUGUGGACGCCAACCGACAGCUCCAGUGGCUUCAGAAGAGGAUGGCGGCAUCCAAGGCUGACUUCCUGCUGGUGGCGGGACACUACCCAGUGUGGUCCAUCUCCGAACACGGCCCCACCGAGUGCCUGCUGAAGAAACUGCGCCCCCUGCUGACCAAGUACAAGGCCACGGCUUACUUCUGCGGUCACGACCACAACCUGCAGUACCUGAAGGAGUCUGAUGUGGGCUACGUCGUCAGCGGGGCGGGGAACUUCAUGGAGGCCGACACCCGUCACCGGAACCACGUGCCCUCCGGCUCCCUGAAGUUCUUCACUGGCCAGGAGUCCACCCUUGGAGGCUUUGUGCACGUGGAGGUCACCAAAAAGCAGAUGGACGUCACCUUCAUCCAGGCCAGGGGGACCUCCUUGUUCCGCACCACUCUUCCUCGGCGGGACCUCGACGCCUCCUUCACCACCCCCUAACUCAGAAGAUCCCACUUUAAAGUCCUGCUUUGCACACAUUUCCCCGCCUCAUAUGUAGCUAAUAUAGGAGAUGCUUGUAUUUCCGUAGGAGUCUGGUUAGUGGCCAAUUUACUGCUUUGUUUUACAAUAAACCCAAUUAAUUAAAUUCAACACAAGGGGGAGGUUCCCUGAACAUGCGGCAUUUCAUAAAUGAACACGUUUUAAAUGGAUUUCUUUCUACAUUUUUAAAUUUGACGUUUUUAAAAUUUGUUUCUUUUCAUCCAAGUGAUUUAAAAAAGACAGGACCAAACUGCUGAUGAAAGCUUAGUUAGAGCAUGAAACCAAGCGCAGUUGGGGAUCCAACAGGACUUUCCUUUAGCUAAUCUUCGCUCUAAUGAAAGUAAUUUUUCCAAGGUGACGCAAACUGAUGCCUUAAGCCUCAGGUGUCAAACUGCAGUCCUGGGGGGCCGCAGCCCUGCACGGGUUUUGGUUCACCCUCAUUUCACACACCUGAUUCAACUCCUAGUGCUAAUUCCCACACAGCUCUUGAGCUGAAUCAUUUAUGGUGGAACAGGGAAAGAACUAAAGCUACACAGGACUCCGGCCCCCCAGGACUGCAGUUUGACACCCCUGCCUUAAGCCCUAUCCGUUCAAUCUGGAUAUGGCAUUACCUCUGUAAUGACAAGUGUUUUGUAAUGAACCACAAACAAUGUGAACCUUUGUCUGAAUAAAAUGCCUCAGGCAUUGUUUUAAACUGUA